UACUGAAAAUUUAAUUGUAUUAAAGUGUUGCAUAUUGGGCAGAUCUGGAAAAGGAUGUGGUAAGGUGUACUUGCGAGGAGAAGAAAGAGAAAUAGCUUCGAAGCAGCUAAAACACAAAUCUGCGAAAAUAUAUCGCACUGAAUGAGCGCAUAAGCUAAUGAAGGAAGGAGAGAAAGAGCCAAGUACAAUUCCGAAUCAAGGAGCUUUGUGAAACGCAAGAUACAGACACGUUGCCAAAAGCCACCUUAAUCCGGAUCCAAUAAUAUCACUCUACUUGUUAAAAUCAAGAGCACUAAAGGAAAGCAUUUACAACAUCUCGUAUUCGCCGUUUUAUGUACACUUCGCCACAAAGCACCAGGAUACUAUCUACCGAAACUUGCGUAAAAACACGAGCUGAUUUAUAGCAAUAGACGCGACUGGGUCAUGGGUUUGCCCUUUUAAUUUUCCGGACAAACAGAAGAGCAGCCCGAUUUUCUUUUUAUAUUUAAUUGUUGAUAGAACACCAGAAGUCUCAACUCCUAUCGCUCAAAUGUUGAGUGACCGCCACGAUACAAAUACCAUCUAUCAUUGGCUACGGGAAUAGAUUACAAAGGGUGGUUUGGAUUAUCCACCGGAAGUAAUUUGCGAUGGAGUCAGAGCACUUUUGGGUGCAGCCGUACAAACAUUUACUCAUUCUUUUACCAUAAACGAGUACGCUGAGUCAAUGAUCGAUUCUAACAACAUCCCCGUGUGCUAUAUUCGCUAUGAUGUAGCACAUUUAAAGAGGUACACGCAGACAUUAAGAAGUCCCCAGGAAAAGAUCUCAAUGCUUAUAUGUACCCAGACUUGGUGAAAUAUAUAAUGAAAGAUAUGCCAACAUUUUCUAUGUGGUCGUGCGUUGUGCGCGAUGAUUUUGCAUAUGGACAAGUACCGGCAUCCAGUGCCCACGUCGAAUCAGAAAUAAAAAAUAUAAAGACGCUCCUCUUUCAACAAGAGAAAUUGCCGGUCAGGGUUGACACUUUUGUCCAAAAGCAUAACGAAUAUGGAAGUGGCACUAUGAAGGUGUACGACAGUGGGAUGCAGACUCUGCAACAAGAAAAAUCGGAUAUUUUGAACUUGACAAUGCCGACAGCGAUAGUUUGGGAGGACGAAAAAAUUAUACAGGCAUAAUGAAUAAGAUGAACACCAAAGAAUGUGCGGUAUGUGGCGGGAUGCCCGAACGUGAUGGCGACGAGCUGAUAUGCGAUGAAUGCUCCGGUUUGAUUGAUAAAUCGAUAAAUCUCGAAACUUCACUCAGCUCCAUUUUUAAAGAGCCUUUUAGGGAGCCGAUGUCAAGCACCAACACUAAUGCUACCUCUACAAUCGACUGUCCCGCCUGCAAAGACGAACAUCGUCCAGAUGGUGCCCAUAAGUGUAUCGUUUGCAAGACGGCAGUUCAUGCACUCAGUCAAUGUUCUGAACCGUAUGGCGCUGAAGAAGGAUACGGGCAAGCGCGAAUAUGUAAACAAAAGUAAAAAUGUUGAUCAUAUUCUGCAGUCGAGGAUUCAAGAAAAUUGACAAACUCAAUGCCUAAAAAGCAUCACAAGAAAGCAAAGCGUAACUUGUACAUGCAAGACACGUCUCCAUUGAGAAAAUUGGAAGAAAAGGCAGUCCUUACAAAACUCCCUAUUAUAAGAAAUGGAAGCGGUAAAAGCUUGCGUGCGGUUAAGUUCAACAAGGAAAACAUUGAUGUUGUUAACACGUGUGCUUUUGAUGCCCUUUUUCAAUUAUUUCUCGCCGUAUCGUAUGACGUGCACAUUUUACGAAAACAUUGUUGCAAAAUAUGCACAAAACAGUUUAUUUUUUAAACUUAUACAGGAAACAACGGUAAACAAAAUUACUUCCGAUGCAUAUAAAUUGCGUCAACAAAUUUUAACUAAGGUGUUUCCC